CCAGGAGUCACCUUCGACGACAUCGUGGGGUGUGAGAGGGCCAAGCAGCUGCUGCAUGAGGCCGUGGCCCUGCCCCUCAUCAUACCGGAGUUCUUUACGGGUAUUCGCGAGCCGUGGCGCGGUGUGCUGCUUCACGGUCCCCCGGGUAACGGCAAGACCCUGCUGGCCAAGGCGGUGGCUAAGAUGGUGGGGGGAGCCUUCUUUGCGGUGUCCCCCUCCUCUCUGACCAGCAAGUGGAGGGGGGAGAGCGAGAAGCUGCUGGCCACAUUGUUCGCGGUGGCGCAGGCUCAUGCACCAGCCAUCAUCUUUAUUGACGAGGUGGAUGCGCUGGGGGGCGCUCGAGGCGUUGACGGGGAGCACGAGGCUAGUCGCAGGUUCAAGGCGGAGUUGCUACAGCAGAUGGACGGGCUAGCCAGCGGCCGUGGUGUGAUGGUUCUAGCCGCCACCAACUGCCCGUGGGACCUGGACCCCGCCCUGAGAAGGCGUCUUGAGAAGCGCAUCCACAUCGAUCUUCCCGACACUGCCCAGCGCCUGGCCCUGCUCCACCUGCACCUGCGGGGAGUAGCAGUGGCCCCGGAUGUGGACCUCGCCGCGCUGGCUGCGGCGUGUGAGGGAUACAGCGGGGCCGAUAUCCGGCUGCUGUGCAGGUGGGGGGGGGGAGCGGAGGGGAGUGGGGGCCAGUGGGGGAUUGGGGGGCUUGUUGUGGGGUUUUUGGAUGUGCGAGGGUGGGGGGGUUGA